AUGUCUAGCCACAAGCAAACCAGAGUGAUACUACUUAAGAACAAAACCGUUCCCAUUGACAAAUACGAAUCUGAGUGUAAGUGUAAGGCAUUCGAGCCAGUAUUUAUACCACUAAUUAAACAUACCCAUGUUAUAGAAGAUUUUAAAGGUGUUCUAGAUAGCAUUCCAAAUUAUUUGGAAACCAUCAACUACAUUAUCAUCACAUCUCAAAGGACCGUAGAAUCUCUCAAUGAAUCGAUCAUCCCUACUUUAACAAGCCAACAAAAGUCGACUUUAUUUAGUAAAACGGUUUAUACUGUGGGCCCGGCUACUGCUGAUUUCAUUAAAAGAUCAGGUUUCUUAGAUAUUAGAGGUGGCAAAGAUGCUGGUAACGGUUCUGUUCUCGCAGAUAUGAUCAUAAAUGACCUAACUACAGAUACCGUGGCUCAGCCACCUAAUGAACUAUUAUUUCUCGUGGGCGAAAUUAGGAGAGAUAUCAUCCCAAAGAAGCUUUUUGGCAAAGGUAUAAAAGUAAGAGAAGUAGUUACCUACAAAACUGAAGAUUUAGAUGAUAAUUUCGUUAGGUUUAAAAACGUUGUAAAAUCGGAUGAUGAGGACGAGAGGUCUUUGAAUUGGGUGGUUGUCUUCAGUCCUCAGGGUACUAAAGAAAUAACUCAGUAUUUAAGUGUUAAGGGCCAUUUGUCAAAUGCUAGAAUACGAAUUGCAUCCAUCGGACCCACUACCAAAAAGUAUUUGGAUGAUAACAAUAUAGCUUCCGACGUAGUUAGCCCAAAACCGGAUCCUAAAUCAUUAUUAGAUGCCAUAGAAUCAUACAAACGCCAAUAA